AUGAUUACCGCACUCCACUCCACUGCUCUCCUCCCCAAUCAGCUAUGCUCGCCCACCGCCUCCUCCUCCUCCUCGCCGUCGCCGCCGCGCGCUGCGGCGAGCGGCACCGCCUUCGCUAAGCCGACGGCGUACGAAGUCCUCGCCGACUACGACUUCCCACCGGGGAUCCUCCCCAAGGGCGUGGUCUCCUACACGCUCGACAACGCCACGGGCGCCUUCACGGCCACGCUCAAUGGAUCCUCCUCCUGCGAGUUCUCCAUCCAGGGAUCCUACACUCUCCGCUACAAGACCGAGAUCAGCGGCACGAUCGCCACCGACCACCUCACCGACCUCGAGGGCGUCUCCGUCAAGGUCCUCCUCUUCUGGCUCAACAUCGUCGAGGUCACCCGCAGCGGCGACAACCUCGAGUUCUCCAUCGGCAUCGUCUCCGCCGACUUCGGGGUUGACAACUUCCUCGAGAGCCCCACCUGCGGCUGCGGGUUCGACUGCGACGACCUGCUUAUGCUCCAGAAGCAGCCGGGGGGCGCCACCGCCAAGCUGCGCCUGCGAGGUGCCUUCUAG